AUGGGAGACAACUUACAAACGAUUGAUUUGUGCGGGGGCGACCAGCCCGAGGGGGAUUCCCCAAAAUCUGGAAGAACAAUCAAUGUGGCAACAGACGCAAAAAACACAGAAAAGAUACCAAUACCGAAACACAGUCGUCUGAAUAUGUUUGGAGAGGGAAGGAGAUGUAACUCCGUAUCCCUUCCAGAUAGUAAAAAAAGAAAAGCUAGUGACACUUCCUUAGACAACUCACUAAUAGACCCUUACAUUAAAAGAGAAUGCUCAGAAGCCUUUACACUAAACGAGGCAAUUGAAAGGAACAAGUUCCUAGUCAAAGCACUGGAAAAAAUGAUCGAGGAGUGCACUAACACACAUAAAAAAAUAAAAGAUAUCACUAAAAAGAUGAGUGUCAACAUUAAGGAUUUCGAGAGAGAAGUGGUGGUACAGUGGCUGGCCAGACACAAACACGAGCCCAUCGAGAAACUUACAUUCGAUACAGAAACACAGACGGUACCACAGAAAAGAAAUACAGUCGACAUGUCCACACAAACCGAACCCUGGCACGGAGGCCAACAAACGCUGAGAUCACUGGAGGGCAUCGACAGCUUAGAAAAAUACAGGCAAGUAGAAAAUAUGGCGUGGGAUAAAACACUUUUCAGCAAGACCGAGAUCACUGUUGGAAACCCAUUGACUACGGACAACCAAACCACCAAGGUUGUGCUAGUUGAACCGAACGACUUAGAAAUGAACACGAGUAUACAAAGGUUAUACAGAGAAAAAUUCCCAGAGCUGACGGAAAUAACAAAUGAUUUUGAAAUCAUUGAACAGAUCACAAAAGUCAAAUCCAGUAACAGUACAACAAAACUCAGUACCAAAAAAGUGAUAAAGGUAACACAUAACGGAACCACCCAGGACAUCUGGGAAAAACUGGUUAGAAUUAGAGAUGAAACCCUGGAAGACGAAAGAGUGGCGAUUCAUCAUGUGAAGAACAUGACUAAUGAAACCCUCCAAAAAAUGACAGAGGUGGUCUUUCGAUCUGGUAAUACCACAGUGUCCAUAUUCACCACGGCGAAUAACCGAAUUGUCGAGAGGGAAAGAACGACCUAUGGCAUGAUAGUAAGUGAGGGGAAUAAAUCCUACAAGGACGCCCUGGGGAAAGUUAAAUCACUGGUGGGAGCCAACCAGUCGGCCAAGGCCAUCAGAAGCCUGAAGAGUACCAAAGACGGUAAAUUGUUACUCACUAUUGACAAAGAUAAAGAUGCACUAAAUAACCUGCACCAGGCUCUAAACGAAGGCACAACGGGAUUAAGAACAAGAAGGCUAGGGAUGGACAAACAUAUAGCAAUCCAUGUUAGAGGAAUGGAGGCAGAUGUCACAGUUGAGGACAUCAAAACGGCGGUUACUGAAAAAACAGGAACCUGGGAACCGGAAAACAAGCUAAGCGAGCUACGCCCGCUCGGCAACGAUACACUGGCUGCAACGAUAACAGUCAAAUCAAACCAGGCUGAUAAAAUUCUCGAAGAAGGCUCCAUAAGGGUUGGGCUAGUCAAAUGCAGGGUGGAAAAGAGACUGAACGUCAGAAGAUGUCAGAGAUACUGGUCGUACGACCAUUACUCUGACGCAUGCAACGGCCCCGAUAGAUCCAAAAAUUGCUUUAAGUGCGGACAGACAGACCAUAGUUCAAAGGAGUGUAAAAAUGAAGAGGCAUGUCUAUUAUGCAGUACGUCAGGACACAAAAUGGGCACCAUGAAAUGUCCAAAAUUUAAGUUUGCUUUAAAAAAUGCAAGGCUCGAAGAAAAAAACAAGAACUCCAUGGCACCGACGACCGAAAAAACCGCCGAAAACAAAAUAAUACAAGACGAGAAGCCAAAUAACCUGCAAGACUCCUUUAGCGUUCACACAGCCCUUCACUUGAGAGGAAUGGAAGCGGAUACCACUAUAGAGGACAUCAAGCAAUCAAUUAUAGACAUCACGGGCAAAUGGGAGGAAGACAACAAAGUAAGCGAACUUCGCCCACUUAAUAACGACACCCUAGCAGCAACCCUCACCCUAAAAUCAAAAGACGCUGACAAAAUUCUGGAACAUGGCUCCAUACGUGUGGGACUAGUCAAAUGCAGGGUAGAAAAAAGGCUGAACAUCAGAAGAUGCCAGAAGUGCUGGUCGUACGACCACUACUCCGACACUUGUAAUGGCCCAGAUCGUUCCAAAGACUGCUUCAAAUGCGGCAAGAGCGACCACAGCUCGAAAGACUGCAACAACUAG